CCACGGAACCAAAUAACGUCGGUUUCACCCGGAACAGUUUCUAUGACGGACGCCUGUCCAGUUCUCGUAGGUCCGCAUCAGGCUGUGUUAAAAAUGGAGAAGUUAUAACUGGUGCAGUCAAAAUGAUGAAAAGGGACUCAAAGCCUCCUACUGUGCUGUUUGGCCAGGUGGUCAUCGGGCCCCCCGGAUCGGGUAAAACCACCUACUGCCUUGGCAUGCAGGAGUUUCUAACAAAGCUUGGUCGCAAGGUGGCUGUUGUGAACCUUGACCCAGCCAAUGACACCCUUCCUUACGAGUGUAUGGUCAAUAUUGCGGAAUUGGUGACCCUUGAUGAUGUAAUGGACAGUCUGAAGUUGGGACCUAAUGGUGGACUCAUAUACUGCAUGGAGUACAUGGAAGCUAACUUUGAUUGGCUAAAGGAGAAGCUGGAGAAAUUCAAGGAUCAUUAUUUUCUUUUUGACUGCCCUGGACAAGUCGAGCUCUACACACACCACAGUUCAGUAAAGAACAUAUUUGCUCAGCUAGUGAAAUGGAACUUCAGGCUCGCUGCCGUCCACUUAGUGGAUUCCCAUUACUGUGCGGACCCAGCCAAGUUCAUUUCAGUGCUGUGUACAUCGUUAUCCACCAUGCUGCAUGUUGAGCUCCCCCAUGUGAACGUUCUUUCCAAGAUGGACUUAAUUGAACAAUAUGGAAAGCUGGCAUUUAAUCUAGACUUUUAUACGGACGUACUGGAUUUGUCCUAUUUACUGGAGCACUUGACUUCUGAUCCAUUUUUCAAAAAAUUCAAGUGCCUGAAUGAGAAGUUGGUGGAACUGAUUGAAGAUUACAGUUUAGUGUCUUUUGUGCCUUUAAAUGUUCAGGACAAAGAAAGUAUGGUUCAAGUGAUGAAAACUAUUGAUAAGGCUAAUGGGUACUGCUUUGGUGACAUGGAACAGAGGAGCCUGGAGGCCCUGAUGUCUGCCGCGGUGGGAGCCGACUUUCACUUCUCCUCGACGCUGGCUGUUCAGGAAAAAUAUCUGGAGCCUAACGUGAUGACUUUGAAGGAGGAAAUGAUGGAAUUAUAAAAGGAGUGAAACUUCUUCAAGUAACAGGAAGACUUCCAUGGAGAGCUGAGAUCUUUCAAAGGUAUACGUUGCACCAAAA